CACACUUUCCGACAUUAACACAAAAUGGCCAAGAAAGCAAAAGCAAGGACUAUCAUCGUCAAGCUGCUGUCUACAGCUGGAACUGGAUUCUUCUACACCACCCGUCGCCCAAGGACUACCCCCAAGCUGUCUUUUAUGAAGUUUGACCCUCGCGUCAACCAAACUGUCUUAUUCAACGAAGCCAAGAUCAACCGCCCCAAUUAAAAAAAAAAAUAAAAUAAAAUAAAUAAAAAAAUCAUGACUCGGCAGAUACACACAGGAGAUAGCAAGGCAAAGAGGAAAUUACGGAGAACAACAGUGUGAAGUUUGUUUAGAUUGUCAGCAAAGAUCAACAGCAGAUCAGAUCAAUUUGGUAUAUUAGAAACCUGAGUCAAUAAUAUAUUUUUUUC